CCUUUUCAGGACAAGACAAUUCUCGUCUACCUGCUACGUUAGGAUAAUUUUAACAGCAGGGGUCAAUGAUGAAUGGGUCAGACGAGGUGCUGGAGGAAGGAAGGCCACAGGGAAAGAUCUUUGCCGACACUGACUGUCGUACCAAGUCAAGCAGGUCUCGACUGCAGACGUACGAGUUGGACCGAUGAGACUGACGCAAGAUCCCAUUCAGGUUUUGCUGAUCUUCGCCAAGGAAGACAAUCAGAGUGAUGGCUUCUGGUGGGCGUGCGACAGAGCCGGCUAUUGGUGCAAUAUUGCUCGGACCCCAGAGUCAGCCCUGGAAUGUUUCCUGGAUAAGCACCAUGAAAUAAUUGUAAUUGAUCACCGCCAUGCCCGACACUUCGAUGCAGAAGCUGUCUGCAGGUCCAUCCGUGCCACGAACCCAUCGGAACACACGGUGAUCCUGGCAGUCGUCUCACCACCGUCAGGGGACCAAGAAGAGUCAUCUGUUCUUCCUCUUCUGCACGCAGGCUUUGACCGGAGAUACAUGGAGAAUAGCAGUGUCACUGCAUGCUACAAUGAACUGAUUCAGAUAGAACACGGGGAAGUCCGAUCACAUUUCAAAUUGCGAGCUUGUAACUCAGUAUUUACAGCAUUAGACCACUGCCAUGAAGCCAUCGAAAUCACGAGUGACGACCACAUCAUUCAGUAUGUUAACCCAGCGUUUGAAAGGAUGAUGGGUUACCACAAAGGGGAACUCAUCGGAAAGGAACUCACCGAGCUGCCAAAGAGCGAUAAAAACCACGCAGACCUCCUGGAUACCAUCAAUACCUGUAUCCAAAAGGGAAAGGAGUGGCAAGGAAUUUACUAUGCAAGAAGAAAAUCAGGAGACAGCAUUCAACAGCAUGUGAAGAUAACACCGGUCAUCGGGCAAGGAGGGAAAAUAAGGCAUUUUGUAUCCCUCAAGAAAUUGUGCUGCACUGGUGACAACAACAAGCAGAUCCAUAAGAUCCAUCGUGAUUCAGCAGACAACUCCACGUCAGAGUCGCACUCAUUCCGUUACAAGAACAGGAGGAAAGAAUCGAUUGAUGUCAAAUCGAUAACGUCUCGGAGCAGCGAUGCCCCCAGCCUGCAGAACCGCCGGUACCCGUCCAUGGCGAGGAUCCACUCCAUGACCAUCGAAGCUCCGAUCACAAAGGUCAUCAACAUCAUCAACACUGCCCAAGAGAACAGCCCCGGCACGGUCGCCGAGGCCUUGGACCGAGUGCUGGAGAUCCUGCGGACCGCCGAGCUCUACUCCCCGCAGCUGGGCGCCCGGGGCCAGGACCCGCACGCCAGCGAUCUCGUCGGAGGCCUGAUGACCGAUGGCUUGAGAAGGCUCUCGGGGAAUGAGUACGUGUUCUCCAAGAACAUGCACCACAGCCACAACCAUCUCUCCCUGCCGGUCGCUGUCAAUGAUGCCCCACCACAUGUCGCUCAGCUGCUCGCCCGCGAGGAGAGCUGGGACUUCAACAUCUUUGAGUUGGAAGCUGUGACCCAUAGACGGCCGCUGGUGUAUCUGGGCUUGAAGGUCUUCGGCCGGUUUGGCGUGUGCGAGUUCUUGAACUGCUCAGAAGCCACACUCCGGGCCUGGCUGCAGGUGAUGGAAGCCAAUUACCACGCCUCCAAUGCCUAUCACAACUCUACCCACGCUGCCGAUGUGUUGCACGCCACUGCCUUCUUCCUGGGCAAGGAGAGAGUGAAGGGCAGCCUGGACCAGCUGGACGAGGUCGCGGCGCUGAUCGCCGCCACCGUCCACGACGUGGAUCACCCCGGUCGCACCAACAGCUUCCUGUGCAACGCGGGCAGCGAGUUGGCCGUGCUGUACAACGACACGGCCGUGCUAGAGAGCCACCACUCUGCCCUGGCCUUCCAGCUCACCACUAAGGACAGCAAGUGCAACAUCUUCAAGAACAUCGACAGGAAUCACUACCGGACGCUGCGCCAGGCCAUCAUCGACAUGGUGUUGGCCACCGAGAUGACCAAGCACUUUGAGCACGUGAACAAGUUUGUGAACAGCAUCAACAAGCCCCCAGCUGCCGACGAGACCAACUCCAACAUCCAUUCCCUGCCCUCAAGGAGCAUCCAGUCUGGAGUAACCGCAGUGCCUGCAUUUCAGAGUGAGGGCAGCGACUGUGAGUGUCCGGCCAGUGGCCGAAACUUCCCCGAGACCCAAAUGCUGAUCAAGCGCAUGAUGAUCAAGUGCGCGGACGUGGCCAACCCCUGCCGGCCUCUGGAGCUGUGCAUCGAGUGGGCCGGCAGGAUCUCGGAGGAGUAUUUCGCCCAGACAGAUGAAGAGAAGAGGCAGGGGUUGCCAGUUGUCAUGCCAGUUUUCGACCGCAAGACGUGCAGCAUCCCCAAGUCACAGAUCUCCUUCAUCGACUACUUCAUAACGGACAUGUUUGAUGCGUGGGACGCCUUUGCGCACCUGCCGGCCCUGAUGAAACACUUGGCCGAUAACUACAAACACUGGAAAACACUAGACGAGUUAAAGUGCAAGAGUCUCAGGCUCCCGUCUGACGACUGAUGCCGAGGCCAAGGCCCAGGACUCCUCAACCUUCCCGUGUAUCCCGUCAAAGUAGAGAGGAGAGAGACGUGUGCUGCCUGUAACACGGAGUUUACAACCGUAGGUCACCCUGUUUAAUGUGCUCGCCUGGGAUUGCCUCCAGCUCCCUAUAGGACAUUUUCAGGAGGUUAUGUACUCUGAGGAGAAAUAAAUGUUCUACUGGACAGUCAUUUUGUGGCAGAGCACAUACUUGGCAGGCUCAUCUGCCACAUACUCACCUGGCAUGACCAGGGCCUCCUUUCACUGCCAGGGAACAUCCAAGGCUGGGGGGUGGGGAGGAGGUCGGGGGAGAUGGCUGUGGACAAAAACCUGUAUGAGGCUGGAGGGCCCAGCACAGUUUAGCCAACACUGACUGAGGUAACUUUCUUGUGUGCUAGUCCCUUCCCCCUCAGCUGCUGGGCUUCCUUUAAAGUGCCCCUUGGAUUGAACAGCCCUAUGGCAAAGCUUCAUGGAAGUAUGGCCACCUCACCCAAAAAACCCCAGAAAGAUUGGGGGAGGGCGUGUGAGGUUCCUGUUUUCUGACCUCCAGAGGAAGCCAUGGUAUGGCACUGAGUAUAUUCGACAAAAGCCAUUUCAGCCUAAAUGUCUAAUCAGCUUUUUUUUUAAACAAGAGAUUUUUGUAUGCUACCACCGUUUGAAAGAUUUUAUUACAUCGAUCUACUUACUCUUCCCGGGUCCACGACCAUGCUGCAGUGUGUUACGCUAGAGGCCGUAUGUACCUAUGAACUUGUGUAUUUUUUUUGAAACGGGUCUCAAGGUUCAGAUGCUUUUUGCCCACGCACUCUGGACAUAGCUAUUUUUGCUUUCGAUUAUGUAAAAAAUAGUACAAAAUGUGUAAAUACUCUAAAGACUGAGCUUUUGGGGUGCAGUUUUAAAGUAUAAAAUGUAUGCUUAAAAAGCUUCCAAAGCAUAGAUCCAUAUUUUUAUACAUUUCAAUCACCCUGCUAUUGAACACUCAUUUGGACUUGUAGUUCCUCUUUCCCCUUUUACCAUUUCACUCUUCUUUCUGUCUUGAAAUCCCAGCCCUAGAACUGCAUCUGAUUUUUCUUUUUUAAGCCCUGUGCACUCCCAGGUACCUGUUUUGAGAGAGUGAAGAUUGCAGCUACUCAAGCUGGGUGUAGCAUGCUGUUCUCUAAGACAGAACACCACCAAGGCAAAAGAAGUAAGGCUGGUACAGAUUUUGUGCUCUAAUCACAAGAUUCCCAGGGACAAGGGAAAAAAGGUCAAUAAUUGACAUAGGAUGCCAAUAUGUUUUCUAUGUUUUGUACCAACAAGUGGAAACAUUCAUGAAAUUUCCAUGUGAAAAUAUGUACAUAAGCUCUAUUUUUGUUAGGAUUGUAAGAGAACCGAGUGGCUUUGUAUCCUAUUGCUGCAUUGUGUAUAUUUGAAAAGGUUUGAUUGUAAAGUGGCCGUAAGUAUUGUUCCUAUGCCUGAGCCCCUCUCUCAACAGUUACUUUGAUUUAACCUAUUUUGACGUAAAUGCUUUUCUGAUUUUAA